AAUCGUCAUACUGUCGAACGUUAUCACACUCUCUUCUUGCUGUUGUAGCAAAUAUGGCGGCGUUCGUGGGAGGCAUGUUUUGGCAUAUUCUUGUAGCGGGACGAAGUAAUAUUCUGAAAAAAAGUAACGACUGUAUCGUAGAUUCAAAGAGAUACGUGCGAGCAUUGAAAAGGAGGCCUGUGAAGGUGUUGUAUCCUGAUAGUGAGACGACCUCUCCAACAUCGAAACAGAGGUCAGGUCAAAUAGUCAACAAGCAGUCUCAAAAAGUUGCGUCCAAAAUGAGGGAGUCCACUGUCAACGCCAUUUUAAAAAACGAGACCACUAAUAAACGUGUUAGCAGCAUGUCAUGGAGUGCCAGAAAUGGCAAUGCAUCCACAACGUCGGAACAUACAACCAAUCUGAAGGACCAACUAGGUGGCCUCAAAUUCGAAAGGGCCUUACCUGGUGACAAAAGAUUGGCGAGGGUAGUGAGUGUGGCUUGCUCCAGGACGUUUCGGGAGCACCAGGGUAAGAUCCUGUUGGAGGGGAGACGCCUGAUCUGCGAUGCCCUGGCUGCUGGAGCCAACCCUCAGAUGGUGUUCUUCAGUUCUGUGGACAGACUGUGUGAUCUCCCCUUGGACAAACUGAAGAGGGCCACUCUGGUCAAAGUCAAGUUUGAGGACAUCAAGAUCUGGUCUGAUCUUGUAGCUCCACAAGGAGUGAUAGCCAUAUUUUCUCGGCCAGACCCAUCCCGGCUGACAUUCCCUCAGGACCAGCGUGGUCAGUCUGUGCCGUUGUCCCUGAUCUGCGACAACGUGCGGGACCCUGGGAACCUGGGCACCAUCCUGCGCUGUGCAGUUGCUGCAGGCUGCCACAAUGUCCUGCUCACCAAGGGUUGUGUGGACGCUUGGGAACCUAAGGUGCUGCGAGCAGCGAUGGGUGCCCAUUUCCGCCUUCCCAUCUUCUCCAGCUUGGACUGGGACGACAUUCAAAACCAGCUGCCAAAGUUGGUGACUGUCCACGUGGCAGAUAACUGCGGUGGCUCUGAGAGAGAAGUAGCUGAGGAAGCAAACCAGUCCAACAAACCUUCAAAGAUGGGGGAAUAUGGAUGGUUACUCUUCAAUGCAGCCAUGCCUCCCAACGCCUAUAACCGUGCUAGCCAAGUUGGCCCACCUGAACCCAUUGUGAUUGAGAAGCUGAUGCCCUGGGUAGAGGAUUGGGAUGACCUGGAUAGCACCUGCAGCUCUCUGUGUUUCUCUGCUCUGUCUGAGGUGCGUCUGCUGUCUGCAAUCAGGCUGGCCAAGAGAGAUCUGAGGAAGAGACGACAGGAGUCAUUGAACAGCUCCCCCAUCAGACCACAGCCAGAGGAGACCAGUGGAGCAGAGACCCAGGCCCAAAGCAGUCAGCCAGCCAGGAGCCCCAGACAGCACUCAGCCAGGAGGCCCACAGACUGCAGAGAGAGCUGGCCAACUACAUCCAGAGAUUAGAUCAGCUCACAAACAGAGGGUGAAUGGUUGCAGAGCCCUUGGAGCCUGAUGAGCAGCGCAGGGUGGUGGUCCGCAGACAGGAACAGGCAGCCCGUUCUGCACGCAUCAUCUAUGUGCUACAACAACAGGCGAAAAAGAUCCAAAAGGAUUUAGACAAACUGCGCUCACAGAAGAUUGAUCACACAAACAAAUCCAGAUCGAUGGACAGGUUGGCUGCUGCCCAAAGAGGGGCGAUCAGGGCCAUGCAGAGGUUCACUAAUCAGCUGUCUGACACGUCUGAGGACCCUGGAUACUGCUCUCAGGAGCAGGAGAGUCCAGUACAUAGGAGGCACGCCCGAGCACGCAGUUCCUCCCCUGCACGCUGCCGCAGGUCUCCACAUCGCAGCACGUCUCCCCCACAUCCCCGUGCACCCAGGGGCUCUGCCACCAGGGGUCUCAGAGGACCUCGUAGAGCAGCAGGCCCCAAGAAGUCCUUCCCUGCAAAAUAGGAGAGCGGUCCCUCAGCAUCAGCAGCCACCCAGAGCCACAGAGCCUCCUCCACAGCUGGAUCGCAGACAGGUGCUCAGGGUUGGCCUGGAGAGCCUGGUCCAUCUUAGAGAACUGAGGGAAGGUGGGGUACAGGUCCCCAACAGUCAAGGAGGAGCACUGCACCCCGACAGGACAAAGAAGCAGGGAGCCCAUGUGAGGGAUGCAGGUUUACUGCAGCCAACAGUGGCUUCCAGGCUGAGAGUGGGUCAGUACCCACAGGAGGCCUCUGUGCCCUGGAUACCCACGCCACCUCACUUUCCUCCUAAACAACAACAACAGUGAAGAGACCAGAGCCUCGAUGUCUCUUCUCCCCUCUGAAGCGCUCCUCAGGCACCUCAGAGCAGCAGCUGAGUGGUGUGGUGACAGCAGAGCAGGACUAUUGUCUGACCUGUGAUAGACAGAGACAUGCCCACAACGAAGCCCUCAGAUAGGAGCUGUUGCCUCUCAGACCCGGGACAGAAAGGCCACAUCGUCACUGAGGCAUCGGCUGUCUGAGCAGGCUACAGACAGAGCUGCAGAGUGCGCUGAGGUGCUGAGUGACGCCCUGCUAGAGGAGCUGCUGGCUGAUGCAGUGCUGGCCAUCUGGGUGGCGGAGACAGACAGAUGGAGGGUUUGGCACAGCUCCAGGCCCCCACCCUGGAGAGCAUGCUGCUAUCCAUGGAGGAGAUGGAGAAAGACCAGGAAGUUGUGAGGAGGCACUUUUCUACCAUCACGUACUCAGACCCUCACUACUGGGACAAAGGGGACACAACUGGGGAGUAAACAGGCCAAGUAACUCCUCCACACAGUUUUGCAUGAGGGUUUGAAUUGUUGUUCCUCAGGUGCACUGCAGAUGGAGGUAUUGUCUUAGUGCUGUUUCAGCCAGUUGAGAGCAAGGCUAUCCCUCCUCCUAACUCUCCUUUUCCACCCCUCUUUCUCCCAUCCCCAUCGCUCUCUCAAGGCCCUAGAGGCCUGCUCCAGGCCAGUCUCUACUCAGCCCGUCAGGAUCACCGGGCCAACACUGAGACUCACCACCACGGCUGACAUUGUCCUGGAGAGCCCUGUGGAGACCGGGUGUUUUUUCAUCUGGUGUUGCCAAAGCGCUCUUUUCUCUGAAUAGUCCUAUGCACAGAAUUCAAUAUAACAUUGUGUACUGUUACAGUAUCUGUAUGUUCAUAUUUGUAGUAAUCACCAUGCAAUACUGCAGCCACCAUCUUAGAGAAAGCUUCAAGCACUGUCUGAGUUUAAUGGGUUGAUGUAUGGACAGAUGGUUUGAGAAACAGAUAUAUAUUAAUAAGGAAUAUAUGACAUUAUAUACUGGGUGCUUCGAGCCCUGAAUGCUGAUUUGUCUGACAGCCGUGGUAUAUCAGACCAUACACCACGGGUAUGACAAAUAAUUUAUUUUUACGGCUCUAAUUACAUUGGUAACCACUAUAAUAGCAAUAAGGCACCUCAGGGGUUUGUGGUAUAUGGCCAAUAUACCAUGGCUAAGGACUGUAUCCAGGCACUCUGCGUUGCGUCAUGCAUAGCCCUUAGUGGUAUAUUGGCCAUAUACCACAACCCCUCAUGCCUUAUUGCUGAAUUAUGCAUUUAUAAUUUGUUGAUGUUGCAGAUUGUAGUUAAUGGUUAUGAGAUGCUAUACUGGGUGAUGGGCCUUCUGCAGUCUCCUCUAAAUGGGAAUUAAUUACAGAGGGUAAUGGUGUAUGACAUCACUUAACCUGCUGUAUUAGCUGUACCUUAUCAGGCAGGAACUCAUAAAGGACAAUAUAACGAGACAAAACUGAUGCAGAACAUAGAUCCAUCCCCUAAAUGUAAGACGGUGAGAAGAAAGUGCCCAACGAAACCACUGUCCCCAAAACUGUCAAUUACUUUAUUUUGCAGUUGACUUCCAAUCCAGACGAUCAACAAAACGGAUGGAGGUGGAACGUUGUUUAUGCCUUUCCCAGAAUGCACUGCUUUGUUGUGCCUCAAUUCUGGCUGUUCUUCUCCACCCCUAAUCUCUCCAGGCUGUGAUGAGACCAAACCUAACCCCCUUCAAACCCUAACUCACCUCACCCUCUGGCAAGACAUAAAGGGAGUGCAUCAGUGUGCCUCUGCCUCCCUCCCCGGUAUAGCUGUAGCUGCCAUUGCUUAAAUGACUUAGGAAUGAAGGAAGAAGAAGGAGGGGAGAGAGAUGAGAGCCAACGGCUGACAGGGGAACUGCCUCCAAUGUCGUUUUAGAGAAUGUGGCAGUACGUCCAACCGGCCUCACAACCGCAGACCACGUGUAACCACGCCAGCCAAGAACCUCCACAUCCGGCUUCUUCACCUGCGGGAUCGUCUGAGACCAGCCACCCAGAAAGCUGAUGAAACUGAGAAGUUUUUCUGUGGAUAAAAACUAAUGCUGAUGAGUGGGUGGACCUGGCUCCCAAGUGGGUGGGCCUAUGCACUCCCAGGCCCACCGGUGGCUGCGCUCCUGCCCAGUCAUGUGAAUUGUAGCCUAAUUCACAUGAUCCAUAGAUUAAAGCCUAAUUUAUUUAUUUUAAUUUACUGAUUUCCGUAUAUGAACUGUAACUCAAUAAAAUUGUUAAAAUUGUU